UGUAAGCUACUGUCCGACAUGUUUUAUAAGCCACGCCUCCAUUUCAGUUCCCUAUUUACUUAUUUUAUUGUUAUUUAUAUUUAAGUUGGUUGGAAAUUGAUGAUAGUGUUUUGUAAAUAAAAAAAAGUUUGUUAUUUAAAUAAUUAAAAAAUGACUGCGAAAGUAUAUCAGCCAGAUCCAGAGUUUGAGCAACGAGUUAAAAAAGCAACUGAACGAAUAUCUGAAAAUAUGCAUAUAGUUGCCAAUGAACCAUCAUUAGCAUUUUAUCGUUUACAAGAGCAUGUGAGAAAAGCAUUACCACCAAUGGUUGAAAAACGUGUUGAAGUACUUGCGUUAAAACGACAAUUGCAAGGAAGAUGUUAUGAUGUUGAAUAUGCUGUAAGUGCUGUAAAAACAAUGCAAAAAGCUGAGAAAAAUUUUAGUAAUACUAUUGAGUACCUCAAAACUGGUAUUCACUUUAAACAACAAUUGAAAUUCGAAGAACAAAGAAGAAAUAAAAAAGAUGGACAAAAAGAUUCUAUGUACAAAAGGUUGUCAGCGCAUAUCACAACCUUAGAUUAUCUACCUGAUGAAAUAUCUGAUGUAGUAAGAGAAACAGCCAAUAAAGUUGAAUCGAUGAUGAAUCAUGCACGACAUUCUAAUUCUAAUGAAUUACAAAGAGCUAAUACGACUAAUAAUUAAUAUUUACACCAACUUAUAAUUUUAUACAUUUUUAUUUUCUCAAAUAUCAAUUUUAUUCGUAUUUUUUUUAUUGUUUAAUCUUGGUGUACAAUAACAAAGUAUAUUAUAAAAUAGAAUGUGCCAGGAUACUUUUAAAAAAUAGUAAUUAAAUUUUUGUUUCUUAUCUUUUUUUUAUACAUAUAUAUAUGGUUUUUUUUACGAUUACAUGUAAUAAAUGGUGAUAAAUAUUUUGAAUUGUGA